GUGCAUGGUCGCGCUGGUCGCCGCGGGCCAGCUCACGUGGGCUGAGGUGCAGGCGCAUCGCGACAACUGCUUGAAGGUGGCGGUUCAGGCUGCACGCGCGCGAUUUCUCGUCGCUCUGUGUUCGCCGCGCGUUGCCGCGCAGGCGGCGGCCUCGAAGCGCCGCGUGCACCUCGGUAUCGUGUGCGACGAGGAGGCGCGGAAGGCGCGCCCCUGCGUUCGUGCUUGCGCGGCGCCCUGCGUCUGUGCCGGCGCGUGGCAGCUAUGGGCCGAGCAGCUGCGCUCGGGGGACCCAGAUUUCAAGCUGGGGAAGACGAUCCUGCGGGUCGACCCGCGCGCCCUACAGCUGGCGCGGGAUGCUUGCGACAAAGACGACGGCGCCACCCACGCGACGGCACCGGCGGCCCGCGCCCCCGAGAAGGCGCGCGGGGCGGGCGGCGCCAGCCAGCCGUGGCGCGCCGCGCAGAGCUGGAGCAGCGGCCCCUGGGGCAGCGAUUGGCCGAAGGGCCAGAAGCGCGAGCGCUCGUGGGGCAGCGAUUGGAAGAAAAUGGACACGAGGAAGGCACGGACGCCGCCGCGCCCGGCGCAGCGCUGA